ACGGGGAACACAGGAGGUCUUACGGGAAAUAUUGGAAGACUUACGGAAAAUGCAAGAGCAGGAACUGCUAUGGAAAAUAUAGCGGGCCUCAUGGGAUCUGACAUGAAAUCAAUUAUCAUCAAAGGUAUUUCGAAGUAUAAAACUGGAGGAUCUGCAAUGAUAUUAAGUUUACUCGUACAGGGUGAACCUGGAAUGAUGCCAGGGGGGGAAACCUGUCCUCAGACAUUACCUGAAAUGAGACCUGGGCCACAAGGCCAAUCUGCUGGUCCUACGUCAUUACCUCCAWCUAGAUCUAUUGGGCUAAAUAGAGCACCGGCAAGUUCUAGUGCUGUUCAAGCAAUACCAAAUACAGCUCUCAAAAGACCAAACAAAAUUCUUACAUCUAGCGGUCAGCAUAUACCAGUGUCUAAUCGGUCUCCUACAGGACUUUCUGGGGGACUUACUGGACCUAUAGGGUCUCUUCCUGGACCUMAGGGUACUUUAACGGAAAYUGGCAAARUGAUGUCAAGACCUAUUGGUGCUAGCAGUAUUACCCCACCUAGUACCGCUCUUAAUGGAAUUAAUUUGGGUCUUACUGGACGUAAUGAGGGCCUUGGUGGAUCUAAAGGUGUUCUUAUGAGAAAUAAAGGUACUCCUAUGGUAUCAAAUGCGGCUCUUUCAGGACGUAACUGGGGGCUAACGGGACGGAAAGGGGUAUUUAUGGGAUCUAAAGGAAGACUUAAUGGAGGUCUACAAGGACACAAAGGAUCUCUWAUGGGUCUCAAUAGAAGGCUUACGGGGACUAACGCAGGWCUUAAUGGACCUAACUGGGGCUUUCAGAGAACUAACGGACCUAUGACGGGACUUACCAGUGGUCUCAGGGGAUCUAAUAAUGGUCUUCGUGGAACAAACCAACGCAUUAUUACUAGGCAGAGAGGUACUCUUUUUGGAUCCAAACUACGUCCAAUGGGACAUUCAGGACUUCRUGCUGGAACGACGUUAGGAUUAAAGAGACAUAACAAUGGUCAUUCAAGACACACUAAGGAUACUGGACACAAUAAUAGUCGUAUGGCUCCGAAUGGACGUACUAAGCGACAAACAUGGCCAUUAGGAGCUACCAUAGGCAAAGUAGGGCGUCUUGGGACACAGUCAUUAGGACUUACGGGAAAUUCAGGAAAUUUAGGAGCAGCUCUUACAGGAAUGGGGGGUGAUUUGAACUCUAUCGCUAUCAGAGGUCUCGCAAAGUAUAAACCAGGCGGGUCUGCAAUGAUGCUAAGCUCACUGAUACAAGGUGCACCUGGAAUGAUGCCCUCCACAAACAACAUGCCAUUUACAGCUGUCGCUACUGGCUCGAAAAGACAAUCUCAUGGACCUUUGAGAUUUGGGGGAGUAUUUAAAAAACAUAAUGAAGUUCUUACUCCAUCUAGCGGUCAGAUCCUAACAGCAAMUAACUGGGGACCGACRGAAGGUAAUAGCGCYCUUAUUAGGCCUGGUAGAGCUUUAACGGGAUCUAAAGACUCACUAACAGAAAAUAUCGCAGGACUUAUGGGACCAGACACGAAGUCCAUUGUCAUUAAAGGCAUCGCAAAGUAUAAGCCAGAAGGAUCUGCAAUGAUAUUAAGCCUGCUGAUACARGGUGAACCUGGAAUAAUGUCAGGAGGAGCACAAUGCUCCCGUGUACAACCAGGGACGACGCCUGCCACUAAUAAGAUAACAGCAACUACUACUACUAUGCCUGUUACUUCUAAAGAGCCAAGUAACCCUACUGUUCCUACAUCUAUACCAUCAUCUACAGUCCCUAAGAGAGUUUUCACACAAAUUAUGACAAACCCUCCCACUGAAGGUGCUUUCACGAGUCCUCCUUAUACUAGGCGUAUGGAAGGAUCUACUCUGACAAAUAGGAAGAGACCCACACCUAUCGAGGUUGGUGGAGGACCUCCCACAAUGCAAGGUGGUGGACCUCCAACAACACCUAAUGGUGUUACUACAGGAAUGAUGAAAACACCACCAUCAACGCCCUUUAAAGGGCCUCCCAUGGGGGGAUCAUUGAGAAGACCCAUGAUGCGGCCACCCGAGAUUGGUGGAGGACCCCCUACCAUGCAAGGCGGUGGACCUCCAACAACACCUAAUGGUGUUACUACAGGAAUGAUGAAAACACCACCAUCAACGCCCUUUAAAGGGCCUCCCAUGGGGGGAUCAUUGAGAAGACCCAUGAUGCGGCCACCCGAGAUUGGUGGAGGACCCCCUACCAUGCAAGGYGGUGGACCUCCAACAACACCCAAUGGAGUCACUACAGGAAUGAUGACCUUAUCUACUAUCAAAGUAUCUAGCAGAGUUCGUACAGAAGGGCCAUUUAGGGGACCGACAAAUGGACCCACUCCGCUUCCAAUUAAGGCCUCCAAUAGGAUUCUUACUGGAGGGCAAUUUAAGGGAGCCACCGGGAGAUUMCCUUCUUUAAAACGUAUUGGAAGACCACCAACUAUACCAGGUGGUGCRCCUCCAAACGGAGUUACUACAGGAAUUAUGCCACCGAUUCGUCCCAAGGUUUCUAACAGAGUUCGUAUGGGAGGUCAAUUUAAGGGACCCAUACCUGMYAUUAGGCCAUCUAAAGGUGCUACUGCAGGAUCUAAUGGUCGUCUUAUGGGACAGAGAGGAGGCGGUCUUGCUGGACUAACAAGACCUUCUAUAGGAAAUAAUGCUAUACUAGGAGGACCCUUUGGGGCCCUCCAGGGACUCAAUUGGGGUCUUGCAGGACAUAAAAGGCCAAAUAUGAGAGCAAGUGKUAAUCUUAAUGGUGGUGACGGGAAUCUUGUGAGACAAACGGGACGUCUUAUAAGGCAAAAUGGAGGUACGUUGCAGAAUAAAGGAAGUGCUAUCGGAGCUCUUUCUAGUCAAGCAGGAAAUUUUAUGAAAUUGAAAGAACAACUUGCUCGACAAAAGAGAGGAGUUGCURUUCUCGAGAAGAAUUCAAAGGAACAUACUGGUUUUGCUGAAAAUAAUGCAAAUUCAGGAAUUUAYACACAARACAACGAAGGUCGUCUCUGGCGUCGUACUAGAAGGCAGGAACCAAAUAUUGGACGUCUUGCAGAAAGCAUAGGAGGCUUUACGGGAAAUUUAGCCGAACUUUCAGGACCUAACCUGAAGUCUAUAGUUAUAAAUGGAAUUGCUAAAUAUAAACCAGGGGGAUCUGCAAUGAUACUAAAUUCGCUGAUACAGGGUGCACCUGGAAUGAUGCCAGCGGGAUCUAAGUUUCCUAAGGUAUCAUCUGGUCAGACAGACAGAUCUGCAAGACAACCAGUUUCAUGGGCUUCUGCAGGAUCUAAAGAAGGUCUAGGAAUGGAAGGGCAGGGAGGAUUUAUGGGAUCUUACGGAGCUCUUUUAGGACCUUCCAAGGGCUCUACAGGCCGUAAUUGGAGUAUGAAAGGAGGUAAUGCUGCUCUUGUUGGAUCUAGCCGUACUCUUGAAGGAUCAAAACGACCCAAUAUAGGUGUUUGGGGUCUUAGUGGACCUUACGCGGGUCUUGAGCAACGAAAUUGGGGGUUGAACGRACCUUUUAGCAGACCUAAAUCACGCCUUUUGGGAAAUGGAGGGAUUCRAAGUGUUACCAGAGGAUUAAAGAGGCACACAAAAGUUCAUAAAGGGAAAACUUCUGACCGACGUGUAAUACAACAAACAAGUGAUAGAGGAAUUGUAACAGGCCAGUCAARACUUUUGGGAAAUUCCGAACGUUUAGAUGGACAUUUAAGGAAUAAAAAGGAAAACAUAGGACACCCWAUGGGGAAUUCGGGUGUUUGGACAGGAAGUCKUAGGCGUCGACAAAGAGGAGGUCUUGCAGGAAAUCACGCGGGAAUUCUUACAGAAAAUACAGGAACUCUUACUGGAAGUACAGAAUGGGGAAACGCAGGAUCUCUUGAAGCAAAUGCAGGCGGUCUUCCCGGAAAUGCGGGAAGACUUUCAGAAAAUCCAGGGACUAAUCUUGCAGAGAACAUUCAAGGUCUUACGGGAACUAAUCUUAAAUCGAUAUCUAUGAAAGGCAUCGCCAAGUAUAAAUCUGGCGGGUCAGCAAUGAUUCUCAGUUUAUUGAUACAGGGCGAACCUGGGAUAAUGCCAGGAGCAAAAUGUCACCAACCAUCACCCAGGACAACACCUGCCACUACCACGAUUCCACCCACAACAUCAGUCACUUCCACGACCACUAGAUUUACGCCAACACAGAGAUCCAUACCAACAAAUCCUCCUACUGAAGUGAUCACACAAACUCCUAUGCCAUCUACUCCUCCUCCUACAGAACCUUACACAGGUAUGACGGCAGGGUCUGUAACGGAACCAACAACAGGUUCUACUCCCAUAAGAACUACUGGAGAACCUCCCAUCACAACAGGUAGUACAACACCAGUUACCAUGCCAUCAACUGCUCCUCCUACAGAACCAUACACGGGYACUACUCCACUUAGAAGUACUCAAAGACCUUCGACCAUGCCGCCUCAAACAGUUCCUAAUACCGUAACUUCCCGAAUGAUGACAGAGCCUCCUACUAGACCAUCUACUGCUCCUCCUACGGAACCUUACACAGGCAUUACUGGAGGGUCGUUUACCGAACCGACUAAAGGGUCUACUCCUAUAAGAACGACUCAAAGACCUACCACACUACGCACAAGACCUCCAACAACACCUAAAAGAGUAAUGCCUAGCACAACUCGUUCUACCGAGCGACCCACCAGUGACAACAACUUGGCCAAUGGUGCUCUUUCAGUGGCAAAAGGAGCUCUUACGGUAGCUAACGGAGCUCUUAAUGUAGCUAAUGGUGUGCUUAAAGAACCAUYGRRAAARAAAGCCAAAAGACCGACUACGAUGCAGACCAAUAGACCUACUACUCCUAGAUCUACGCCYUCAACAACCACUAGACCAUCCACCACAGGAAUGAUGACAGAGCCACCUACUAUGCCAUCUACUGCUCCUUUUACUGGAUAUAGCAGCGCUCCUCCAACAAGACCACUGACGACACCCUUAAAGACUUAUCCAAGACAAUCCACUCAACCAAUCCGUCAACGUCCAACUGCACCUAAGACAACACCUUUUCGCAGGCCUCCUCCAAGGGCUAUGACGAGGCCUAGAGGUCUUGCAAGACACAGAGGUCACGCAAGACCAAAUGGGCCUCCUCCAGGGCAUACAGGAAGUCGUGYGGGACACAACGGAGGUCAAAUGCGACCACCUUAUGGAUAUGGGGGGCGCCGUAAGCCUAAUGGAGGUUAUUCGAGACCAAAUAGACCUCCUCAAGGACAUGCAGGUCAUACGGGAUACAACGGAGGUCGAAUGCGACCUCCUUAUGGAUAUGGAGGAGGCUAUAGGCCUAACGGUGGCUAUUCGAGACCAAAUAGAMCCCCCCAACGACAGCCAGGUCGUAAUGGAUACAAUAUGGGUCGACCCCGACCUCGUAAUGGACCAGAAGGAGGCUUUAUGCCGAACGGAGGUUUUACAGGAGGUCGUAUGGGACAUAACAGAAAUCCUACAUGGAAUGGAGCAGGUCGUAUGAACCCUAAUGGACGUUUUAGAGGACAAGGUUUUUGGGGGCCUAAUGGGGGUUUUGGAAGUAACGGAGGAUCUUUCAGGGCUCGUCAAAUGGGACAUAAAAGAGGUCGUUUGGAAAAUACAAGAGGUAAUUUUGGGAAGUUGUCACAACAUAAAGGAAACCUUGGAAAAUCAAAAGAUAGUCUCACAAGGCUAAAGAGAGUUCUUUCGGGACUUAGUCCAAGUCUUAAAGGACAAACAACUAGUCUUAUGGGCCAAGUAGGACGUCUAGCKGGAAACGUGGGAAGGCUUACAGGAAACGUAGGACGUCUUACCGGAAAUACAGGAGGCUUUUCUGGAAAUAUAGGGAGUCUUAACGCAAAUGUAGAACGUCUUAAGGGAAAUYUAGGACUUCUCAAGGGAAGGUUUGGACGUCUUACAGGGCAUGGAUCAGGAAAUUCAGGCCGUCAUUCUGAAAAUAUGGGACGUCUUGCAGGAAAUGUAGGACAACUUGCGGGAAAUACAGGRUACUUACCAGGAAAUGCUGGUCGUSUUUCAGGAAAUUCAGGCCGUCCUUCACGGAAUAUGGGACGCCUUUCUGGAAAUAUGGAACGUCCUGCGGGAAGCGCAGGCAAUCUAAUUAAAGGAGGUUUCUCAGGGCAUAGAGGAAGUCGUGCUAGAAACGCAGAACGUCUCGCGGGCCAUAGAGGAGGUCGUGUUGAAAAUACAGGACUUCCUAUGGAAAAUGCAGRACGCCUUGCGGAAAAUAUAAGAAAUACCGGACAACCUGGAGGUCUUACAGCAGGUCUUGAGGAGCUUAUGGGGCCUAACGUUCAGUCCAUCGUUAUAAAUGGCAUUGCAAAGUAUAAACCAGGGGGGUCUGCAAUGAUAAUAAGUCUACUGAUACAAGGCGCACCUGGAACAAUGCCAUGCUCUCAUACAUCAACUCGUGUGAUGGCUUCAUCUACCAAGAUACCAAUUACCACAUUGCCUCCGUCUAUUAAGACUUCCAGUGGAUCAUCUUCAAUCCCUAAUGGACUCAAUAUAGGAAUGAUUACAGCACCUACUACAGUUCCAAGCAACGGUCCUAAUGCAUUUCCUAUGGGAGGCUCGAUGCCAGAACCCACCAUAGGACCUACUSUUGAGGUUCCGGUCUCACCGAGUACUGGAGCUCAAACCACCCCUAAUGAAGUCACUGCACAACCUACCGGGGCGUCUUAUGGGGUUCUUACGGUACCAAGUGUCGGUCGUCUGGGGGGAUUAUUGACAAGACGCACUGAAGGGCCACCUCCUAUCGAGAUAGGUGGACGUCCUACUAUACCAGUUGGUGGACCUCCAACAACAUCAACUACUGGAAUGAUGACAACACCUUCUACAGGGCCACCAAAUAGUAUAUUGACAGAACCAACUGAGGGGCCUCCUCCUAUAGAGACUAAUGGAGGACCUCCUCCUUUACCGAUUGGUGGAGUUCUACCAACYCCUCCUGGAGUCACUACAGAGCACUCAACACCUCCCGGGCCAUCUCCAACAACACUUAAUAGACUUAAAAUGCUCACGACAGAACAUACUACACCACCGGGGCCAUCUCCAAGACCUUGCAGUUAUUCAUGCUCACAAACAUCGUGCCAUCAUUUAUGUUCACAAACAGCCUGCCCUGUUUUAUGUUCACAGACACCUUGCUCUGUUUUAUGUGCACAGAACCCCUGUUAUAAUCUUUGUUCACAAUCACCAUGUAACCCUUUAUGCGCACAGGCACCUUGUAAUCAACUGUGCCCACAGGCACAGAGACCCUGUCGUCAUUUGUGCUCAAUAUUAUUAUCGCUUAAUGUGAUAUAG